GGAGAGAAGAUGUGUGUGCCUGUGUUUAUAGAUGGAAAUGCGUGGCGAGCAUUUUAUUUAUAGCAAUCAGAUGAAUACUUAAGUUUUCCCUUUGCGUAUUUAACCGAUUUAACAUUUUGAAAAAGCAACAACAAUCCAAUUGCCGGAAUAAUUGCAGUUUGCUGCCAAAAAGGAAACGCCGCUACAUCGGGCCAAUUAUAUAAUGGCUAUGUAAAUAGGGGGACGUGAUUUCUUUGACAUGUCCAGCAACAAGUUUAAACGCAGCUCGCCACAAGUGGCAGGCAAUGGCGGUGGUGGCAUGGCCUCGUCCACCAUCUCCUCAACAGCCUCGAAUCAGCCGAGGCGGCGUGUGAAGCGCUGCUGCCGGAAUUUCGUCACAUUCAUGUGCACGCAGGUGGGCGUGGGCGCCCUAAUUGUUUUCUAUGCGAUAUGUGGGGCACUAACCUUUAUGCAAAUAGAACGUGAAUAUGUGGAUACGACGGCGGCGCACGUUUUGGCGUUGCGUCAGAACUGCUCUCAGGAGCUCUGGUAUAUAACUGAGGAGCACAACAUCUUCAAUAAGUCGCAAUGGGCGAAUGUUACAAACGCCGUACUGCAGGACUAUCAAAUGCAAAUAGCGGCCAUCAUUAAGAACGGCUAUGUGGGACGGAGUCCGGAGCAAAUCUGGAGCUUUCCGGCCGCCCUCAUGUUCUGCCUUUCCGUAAUCACAAUGAUCGGAUAUGGGAAUAUGGUGCCCCGCACUCCCUGGGGCAAGGGAUUCACCGUCAUCUACGCUACUUUCGGCAUACCACUGUAUAUUCUAUAUUUCCUCAAUAUGGGACGCGUGCUGGCGCGAUCCUUCAAGUUUCUCUACCGCUCCAUGCACGAUUGCACGGAGGAGCGGUCCUACGAUGGGCGUCUGGAUGCACUAGAGAGCGGCAGCUAUGGCGGCAUGAGCCAGCCGAGAAAGAAGGUCAUUGUGCCCUCCACAGCCUGCCUGUGGGUCAUCUUCUUCUAUGUGCUGACGGGCACCAUAAUGUUUGCCAAUUGGGAGAAAUGGAGCUUCCUGAACAGCUUCUACUUCUGCAUGACGUCCUUGUGCAAAAUUGGCUUCGGAGACUUUGUGCCCGGCGCCUCACUGACCACAACCGCGGAUGUGGAUGCGGCUACGCAAAAGCUACGCGAGGACAUCACCGCCGAUCCCAAUGAGGUGUCCCAGCUGCAAAGCAUUACCGACCAGCACUCCAAACUGGCCAUCAACUUCAUCUAUAUGCUGCUGGGCAUGGGCCUGGUGGCCAUGUGUCGCAAUCUGAUGCGCGAGGAAGUGAGGGUCAAACUCAAGGAGAUGAAGGAGGAUGCCAAACUCUGCAUGGAGGAUACGCGCAUGCGUUUUGUCGGCUGCUGUGGCGGACCGGGCGAUGCUUAUGACGAUGAUUACUAUUAGAAUGUGUGGCACGAUGGUGGCGGGCGCUUGUUUGUUUGUUUCUUUGGCUUGUUAGUGUUUAUUCAGAGUAUUU